GUCGACUGGAACCAGAAAAAAUGAUAGUGACCAAACCGGGAUUUACCUAGCCGCAGCAGUUGGGCACGAGAAUCUGAUAGAUAUGUUAGUACAACUUGGUGCUGAUGUGAACGAAGCUGGGGGCAAGUUUGGGAAUCCUCUACAGGCGGCAUGCUUUGGGGGCCAUGAUGAAGCCGUACAAAAGUUGCUGAACUACGGUGCCGACCCAUACGCAGGUGGCUUGUUCAAAUGCGCAUUCACCGUAGUUUGCAUGGGAAAUAAUUAAGAAGUUGCUUUGUCACUUCUUGAUCUCGCCUUGGUCAUUGCCACGCAGGACGAGUAUGAUCGGAUUCUUAGACGGGCUUCUGAGGCGGGCUUCUGAGGCGGGCUUCGUUGAGGUGAUACGCCAGCUGCAGCAGAAACACGGGCAAGCGCAUCACUGGUCCCUUUUCGUUGCUGAAGAAGGAAAGAACGGGACGAGUUCUCAGGUCACCGGUGACCAUACGCAUAUGGUUCAUGGCCAUAAAGAAGGCGUUAAUGUGCUUGGUUUUGGUCAUUUCGCGGAUAUCCAUCAACUUGCGGAACUCGACGCACAGAAAGCCGAACGUGUAGCGUAUUGGGCAAAUGAGGAACCAGCGCCCUGUGCUGAGACUCAAGCACAGGUCAGGGAUACUUGCCAGUCGUGGACUCUGUUAGUGGUUCACCGGUUGACUGCGGAGGGGAUUGUCUUCCAACGCUUGUUCCCACUUCCGUUCAAUCUGAUUGAUUCACCUGUCUUGCUUAGCUUGCGUGGGGAAUCAGUCUGCGCGAACCAUCGCCUACAUUCGUGAUUGAUUGGGGCGCUUAGCUGUGGGAUUGCAUAUAUUGACCUGACAUUGCAUGGUUUUAGCGAGCAUGAGUGGUGUUUGGCGCUUUUGCCCGGAUUUGGUUUACUUCCAUAUCGUGCUCAUGCCGUCCUGACACCAUUGUAGCCGUCAUGAUACAAGUAUGCCUACAGACCCCCUGUCUAAGACUCGAUAUUAACCCAAAUGAAUGGCGUUUUAGUUAAC